AAUGGUGGGGGACACCACAUGGUGGGGAGAGAGACCUACAAGGGAGACCGGCACACGGCAGAGAGCUCAUUCGGCUCAUAGCAGCAGUUUGAGCAGGUCGCGAUGGAGAGCUGCUACGAGUGUCAGGUGCGAGCGAUCUCAAUGUAUAAUUUGCAGAAUGAAGGGAAUGAACUCCCGCUUCCCGCAACUCCUCCAGGGCCGUCCCAGUCACCGUGGUACCAGGUGGUGAAUCCGCUACCACCUUCGGUGGACGUCAGGUCGCCGACAUCGGAGCUGUCACCGCUGCACGCCAUGUAUCCUAUGUGGCGGCCAUAUUCACCACCCUGGGCGUUGGUGGAACGACCGCCGACACCACCUCAACUCAGGAUGGAACCGGAGUCUCCCCCACCCUUCAUUCAGUUGGGGACUCCACCCAGGUCGCCUACACCGGUGGAAUGGCUGCCUACAACUCCGCCAGGAAGUCCACCACGGUGUAGGUCACCGAUACC